CCCAUUAGGUGGCGCCGGGUCCCUCGAGCAGGUCGCUCAACAACUCCCGCCCACCAGCCGCCCUUACUGCGCGCGCGCAGACCCCGGCGUCUACUUCCGGUGUGGCCCAGGCCGGGUCCGCAGAACCAGCUAUGUCGGCCUACGGCAUGCCCAUGUACAAGAGCGGGGACCUGGUGUUUGCCAAGUUAAAGGGCUAUGCCCACUGGCCGGCGCGGAUAGAGCACAUGACCCAGCCCAACCGCUACCAGGUGUUUUUCUUCGGGACCCACGAGACGGCCUUCCUGAGUCCCAAACGCCUGUUCCCGUACAAGGAGUGCAAGGAGAAGUUCGGCAAGCCCAACAAGAGGCGCGGCUUCAGCGAGGGGCUGUGGGAGAUCGAGAACAACCCCACAGUCCAGGCCGCCGACUGCCCAUUAGCCUUGGAGAAGGGCGGCGGAGACGGGCCCUGGCCGGAGCCUGAGGCCGCGGAGGGCGACGCCGACAAGCCGACUCACGCUGAUGGCGGCGGCGACGACGUGAGGAAGCCGCACGACGACAAGCCCGCUGAGGAGGAGAAGGAGGAGAAGGGGCCGCUGAAGAGGAGCGCGGGGGACCCGCCGGAGGACGCCCCCAAACGACCCAAGGAAGCAGCCCCCGACCAAGAGGGGAAGGAGGAGAAGGAGGAGGAGGAGGCGGCGGCGGCGGAGGCGGCGGCGGCGGCCUUCGACGAGGAGAGUCCGCUCCUCGUGGCGGUGGAGAACGGCAGCGCCCCUAGCGAGCCCGGCCUGGCCUGCGAGCCGCCUCAGCCAGAGGAGGAGGAGCUCCGGGAGGAAGAAGUUGCCGACGAGGAGGCCUCCCAGGAGUGGCAUGCCGAGGCACCGGGCGGCGGAGAUGGCGACAGCGUGUAGUUACCAGCGUUUCCAGAAGAGCCCCUGCCCUGUUCCUGCUGCGGCCCGGUCGUUCUUGGGGAAUCUGGCCAUGGCCUGCAAACUGGGACUGCCUUUCCCCGUCCCCAGCCCGUCCUCCUCCAACCUACACUCCCUUGCCCUGCCCGGCCCCUGGAUGGCAGAUCACCUGACUCUCACCUCUGUG